AGCAAACUGCUACUUUUUUUCCCCUCCCUUUUCCACGAGAUGUGGGUUAAAAUGAGGUCUGGGGUGGUAUUUCUCAAGUUGAUGUGUAAUUCUGUGCUUGCAUUUCAGUUUUUGCUGUUAGAUUUGCUGGUUGUUUGCUGUAGUUUGCUAUGGAUUUAAUAAAACCAAGUGCUUGCUUUAAUAUUUAAAAAGAGCAUAUUAUAUUCUAUUGGUAUUAGAUUUGAAAGUGUCGCUUUAUUAUGUUCGUGAGCUCUUACUACUACAAACGUUGUCUUUCCCUUAAUGAAAGGUUAGUAAAAUUGCUCUUGUGUGUCCGAUAAAGGGUAUUCUUCCUUAGCUGGUGCUCAAAUGUGUUGUAACUCAGGUGAAAUGUUGAGGUGAGGAUAAGGCGGUAAUGUCAGGAAUCCAUUUCUGUAGAGAUGCGUGGCUCUAAUUUUGCACUGGGCUACAACUGGUUAAAUUUGAAAACUAAACCUUACAAGCCUGUGGCAACAUAUUAUUUCUGUAUUGUAACUGUAGGAACAUUUGGUUUGUAUAUAUAGAAAAAUGCCUCCAGAAGGAGGAGGGCUGUUAAAACUUGACGCAUUUGAAAGGGAAAAAUGGAUGAACUGAUCUCCUAACUUUUGGUGAGAGAAAUAUGCAAGUGUCCUAAGCGUCUGUAUUGGCCAGUCCAUGGAAGUGCAUGCUUCUUCCACAAACAGGUGUUCGUGUGUUUUAUGAAGGACGCUUACUUACAUAAGCUGUCCAGUUACAUAGUCAGUUUUACAAAUUAUUAAAUGCAUCUGGCAAUGUGACUGAGUUAGAGUAGCUACAAAGCCUCCUCAUCUGUCAAACUGGCUGACCCCAGGUUUAUGCUAUCAGCAAAAUAGCUGAUAACAGAAUUUGCAUUUACCUGUCUAAAGCUGCUCUUUUCCUCAUCAAAAGAUGCACAGCUUCUACCGUAUCCUUGGAUUGGAGUGAAGAAAAUGUGUACUUUUCUCAAUGCUUGUAUGACUCAAAAUAUUUCUGGAAAACAGUGGUCUUCCAAUGAAAGACAUAAUGGCUAAACUAACUGUGCUUUUGAGAAAGGAAGACAAUCUGUGGACCUAGAGUUUGGGGGGGGGGGGGGAGGGAGGAAACACUAAAUACUUGCAUUUUAUUCUCAGACCCGUCCAGUACCUCUGCAGUCUAUUUGAAUAUUUGGAACUCCGUACUUGACUUUUUCUUUGUCUAUUUCAAAUAUUGUUUGUAGAGAGCGCACUUUUUUUUUUUUUUUUAAUACAUCUUGCUCAUAUUGAAAAGUCUGUACCCCACCUUCUUGCUGAACUUUGCACAUAGCUGUAUGUUUGUCAUCAUCUGUGCUUGGAUCAAAUGUACUUCCUGGAUCAAAGGAGAUGAAGUUACUGUCUCCUAGUUAUUUUGCCAGAUGAAUGUUCAUAAAAUGCAUUGUUUACACAUCGGGAAAAGUUCACCAGAAGAGUGAUAGGCUGUCUGCAAACAAAGACCCAAUACUUACUUUCCUUUGUGUUUGAGCACUGUUACUUGGGAGCCGGCUCCUGCGGCCCGUAAGAGCUCUUGUGAGAGUAAGUGCUGCUCACAUUGAGUCAAGGCUGUCAUUUGCUGCAGGAUGUGAUCCGCUGAGCAGUAAACAGGGAAAUGCUGUUCAGGAGCGUGGUCAUCCAUAGUUAUGUUUUUAGGACAGUUUUGCUUAAGGCUUUUGAGGGAGUAUCUUCUGAUCUGACGUUAUUCCGUGGUAGCUCUUCUUACCUGUGCCUCUAGACCCAUAAAUGAAUCAUCUGUCAUCAGGGGUGAUGUGACUGUGCUUUCCUUUGUUUUCUAAGCUGAUAUCUUAGUAAGGUAUGUAUCUGAGUGUAGCUGUUGCUUUGCAUGAUUGAAAUUCUGACGCUUUUACCUCUCAGAGCAAUUAUGCACGUGCGAAAUUCUGUUUAGGUGGUAGAGAUCUGCAAGGUUGCAACACUUCAGACAUCCUGAUCUGUGUUUCAGAUUAGGACACAUGUCAUCAUUUCAAAUCUCUAUCUCAGCCUCAUUAUUUAACUAAAUGUUACUGUUAAUCUGUCUGGCAAUGACUUUGUGCUAACAGAUGCAGCAGGGGACCUGUGCGAAGGCCUUUCAAGUUUCAAAAUAAAUUAAUGUAGAGGUCAUCUUAGCAGUACAGAUUUGAAUGCAUAGAUGCCCAUACAGAUAUUUGUCUACUGAUGAGACAAAUCAAAGACUUGUAAAAGCUCACUCUUCCUAAUGAGCCUCAAAUCCAUCUUCACCUUUAUCCUCGAUUCCUGUGCCACGUUCCAGCUAAAGCAGAGAAAAUAAUGAUUAUAUUUGUUCAUCUUCCAAAGCACUGUAAUAAAACAUAGUUUAAAGCCAUGUCCCAAAGGGUAUUCCAUUUUUCCUAUGUCAAGAGGGUGUUGGAAUGACAAAAUCUCUCCUCCUUCAUGUUGUUAAAACGUGAUUAACCCUUCAUAGCUUGUGGUACAAAGUUCCUGGUGUUUUAAGUCUUCCAUUUUGUCUUUAUUUUUCCUGAAGUAUAUUUAUUUUGCAUUAUAAGCUGCCAUAAGAAAAGACUAAAAUGAAGGUAAGAAAGAGGCUACAUGAUUCUUUGAAGUUGGUAGAUAAUCUGCAUUGAGUGGAUCUUGUUUUGACAGCAUUAUGAUCUGAACUUCAAUACUGUACCCUCUUUGAUAUGCUGCUUACAUUGUGGAAAGGACUGGGUGACCAGGAGCGAAGGCGGCUUUUCACAUUGAGAAUGUUUAGAAUGUUCUUAGAAGUGAUUUUCUUUUCCUAUUAAAAUACCACCUUUUAUUAAAUUGGUGCUUUCUUGAGUCAGUUACAAUUGCUGGCAGUAUCAAAUAAGCAUAGGUUAGGCAUGUGAAAUACUUUGCUGUCUUAUUGACCAAGUGCCCACUGUCAACUGCAACAUUCUCUUUUUUAGUUAUUUUUAUUUGAUAAUGGGCAGUUACGGUUAUCUUUAAAGUGGAUGGUGGGAACUUUGUUUCCAAGAUUACAAUCUGCAGGAUUUGAGGAAGGCGAGCUUCUUAAGUGAAAAAACAUGUUUGCCUAUUUCCUUUGAAAUGCUGUUUCUGUUAAUAUGCAUGCAGAACAUACCUUUGAAAGAUUGAGCAUGCAUUAUUUUUAAUAGAGGGUGAAUCAUGCGUGUGCGUCUGUGUGUAGACCUCCCCCCCUUCAAUGAAUGACAUUGCUAAGAAAUAGCAGAUUUUAAACAAAUAAUAGCAAAGUGGGCUUGGAAAAUAAGGUAUGUGAGGUGGAGUGAUGUCAUCGACGGAAAUCUGCUUUAAGGUGAUUGCUCAUCUGAAUCGGGGUAUGAGCCUAAGACUCAUGAUCGUGCCAAUUAUGUAAUUUUCAAAAUGGCCUAGGAAAAUGUCAGGGUUGCUUGAAACAACAGUAAAAAUUGAGGAGGAUGACCUUUCUGCUGUGUUAGCUCUUACCUAAAGCUUUUUCUGCAAAUGCGCCUUUUCCUUCUAAUUUCCAUGUUAACUCUUGUACGUACAUGUGCAUACUCGCUGUUCUCAGCAGUUGUGGUGGAAACAAAGGGCUGAUGUGCCUACUGUGCAUUCUUCCAAACAGUUGCAAUUGGAUAGUUUUCAAAUUUGGCUAAAAGUCAGACUAUUUGGUUCCAUUACCCGGUAGCACUUCCUUGCGUUGCCUUGCCAAGUGUUUCCCCCAAAGCUGCUUUCUUCCCAGGCUGGGAACAGGUGCAAAGUUGCUCCCAAAGGAAGAGAAGACCCCUGGGGAUGGCACAUCUCCAUGCCAUAGAGGUCUGGGGUAAAGAUCCAUGUGCAGACUUUUUCCCUGUGUGGAUGAUGAUGAAUAGAUGCAGGUGUUGCUUGCUGUGACAGGUGACAGAAAAAAAGGACUCAGAUGCAGUUCUAGUUUCCCAUGAUUCGGCAGCAGUUUUGCUCAAAACUUUUCCAAACUUUCAGAUUGUAUUUUUUUUUUUUCUUUCCCCAGUGACUGUAAGGAGUGUUGUACCAACUGCUGAGCUGGUGUGUGGUUUGCUUGUGCAUCUAUUAUUUUUAAUGUUAAAAAAAUCUCCUUUUCCCCCUUGAUUUUGAUUUAGAAACUAAACAAUACCCUCAAACCUGUUUUUCUAUGAUGACGAUGCGUAACUGCAUGUCUUAGAUUGUAAACACAUCAAAGAGUUGGAUUGAAUGUACAAAUUUAAGCAUGUGAAUAUCUGUUCUUUUGGAGAGUGGGUAGCCUUAAAGGAAUUUAAGGUACAAAAGGUUCCUAAAUAGUUCUUUCUGUUUGCUAGUGUAUGGUGGUGAGUUGUGAAGCGGUAUCAUUUCAGCAAAGUUUCCCUGGCUGUGUGGGAUGAAUUCACAAAGUUACAACAUGUUGCUAUCAUUAAAUAAGUUUACUAUUACAAUGAAAGUUAUUUCUACCUACUGGUAAUUACAUUUUAAUUGUUUACUGGCUGAGGAAAUUCCAAAACAUUUCAUCAUCAUGUUUUAGAGUCUAAUGUAGGUAUGCUAAAAUUGCUUGAAAGGCGCUCAUUCACUUCUUAGGUUUUAUGGUCAAGUCAACAGUGUUUAGGGACUUCUGAUACCUGUCUGUUCCCGAGCAAUUUGCAUAAAUCAGGACAUUGCUUUGAUGUGCAGCCCAGAACCUGCAGGCUGAACUGGGUGGUAGAUCCCAGCUUCCCGGAGCACCGGGUGCAUGAAGGUUGUCCCUGUCCGUCCUUCUGACCCUGCUCAUAGCAGUCCCCCCUCUCCAAAAAAUGCUGAUAACAACAACAACAUGGGCUUCAUUUAUGGGUAACCCUCCCUGAAGUGAAUGGGUGAUCUGGUUUAAAAUAUGAUUUCAGGCUAUUGCAAUUAUUUUCUGUCAAUAACGUUGUGUUAAAAAUUAUCUAGAAUCGUUGCUUAUCUGAAUGAUACCUGCCAGGGAGAUAAAGGUCUGGUAAAUAUUAUUUUUAGAAUUUAUGAUUGACCUUCACCUCUGUUUGUUUUUUUAUGGACUUCAUAUGAAGAAGGCCAAGUUGUUUAAAAUAUUCUCUGUGCUUUGGUGGGAUUGUUUUCCCCAUUAGUUUCCCAUAAGUUCACUGUUGAAAAGGUUGGACAGCAAUUCUUAUGUUGUACACUAUAGCCUUAAAUUUGUACUUUUUUUUUCUCAAUUUGGAAAUUAAUAUGUGAAAUUACAUGUGAAACUACAAAAAACAAGUGUACUUUUUAAUGUUUCUGGAUAUCAUCUUGAUCUGUAACAGGAACCUCAAGGUGUGUUUUUAUUUCUCACUUUGAAGAUUAUCAGCCUGCAUUAAUGCAUGGAGCUAGAAGGUCCAAAGGUUUUCCUUGGCAUACCAGCAUGCAUUUCACAGCCUUGUACUUCUUAGUUUUGCUUAAUGUUGUUUUGUUGAGGGUGCUCUGUUUUGUUCUGCUAAUUUGAUUGGGGUAUUGAAAAUCUCUAUAAACAAAAAGGUUCCUACUGAUGCUUAAUUUUUUUUCCUUUAAAUUACACGUGAAAAUUGACUCCUAUGAGACAGAGGUCCUCCUUGCUGGAAAACGCAUUCCAUGAACAAGUGGAGCUUUGAAAUCUGUGGAAAUAGAGCUCCUUUCUCAAUCCCUGUACCUGUAUCUGGGGAUUGUUUUUUUUCUUUGUGUGGAAGCGUAAGUCAUAUUGUGUGGCACUGAAGCAUUUAUGCGGCCAGUUGAUAUUGUUAAACUGUAUGAAAUUUGGCUGUUACAAAUUGGCUUGCCAUAGUUUAUUUUGAUAAUAGCCAGUAACUGUUUCCUAGCUUUUAUAUCAUGUGGUGAUACAGAAUCUCACUGUGAUACCUUUGUCUGACUGUUCUCUGGAAUAGGGAAGUCAGGCUCAUCUUAGUGCAAGGAUUUUAAAAUAAGCAGAAGAAAUUUUGAUUAUCCAUAUUUUGACAGUAUGGAUUCAUUCCCCUUAAUGAGGACAGGAAGACACUGAUGUCUGAAAUAUGUACCGUGCAGAAAUGUUCCCAUUCUAUUUUAUGGGAUGUGCGUGGCAGUUAUGCAAGUGAGAGUCCAUAUGGAUUGUUGCAGGGAUAUCAGUAAUCAUGCAGUACUCCUGUUAUCUGCACAGGGAGUAAAUUGUUAAGUUCUGAUUUGAUAACUUGUCCUUAUUCAACAAGCACUUAGCAUUAAUGGAACCUAAACGUGCUCUCAAGUGCUCUGCCCGGUUGACUCAGAUUGUAUUGGUGCUUUAUUGAACUGCAGCUUGCGUAGAGAUUGCUGUUGGAUGCUGUCUGCAGUUGACCAAUAUAUUGUUUUCAGUGAUGAAACGUGCUGUUGGGCAAUGCCCUGGAGUCUGGUUUGACACUGUUUCUGCCAUUGGUUUGGGUGUGUUGUAGGUGUUAUGUGUGAGAGCCAGAUCGGCUUCCUGAUCCACUUCACUCUGAAGGUCUACUUAGUUUUUAACUGGCCACCAGUGCUGCUCUGUGAGCAGUGUGGGCACGAGAGCAAACUGAAGGGAUGGAGAGGUAAAAGUGCCUCUGAAAUAUCACAGGUGUGUGUUGCUGCUCAAUGUAUCAUCAAGCUGUAGUCUAAGCAGCUGUAUUUUCAGGGUAUACUUUUCAAAGACAGCUUCUAUUUUCUAACUGUAGGUGUCUGUAUGUAUUAACAUGUUUGAACAUAGUUGUGGAAGCUGGAGUUAAUAACGGACUGAUUUCAAUCAAAAUCCCUCAGGGAACAGUGGAGUGCUGUGAUUUCAGAUUUAAGCUCUGAGAGGUCAGAAAAUACUGUGGUUUACGAUGAACAUAAGACCUUGACUUGUUCUCCGGCAAAUACAUUUGACAAUGUGGUCUGUACAAGAGUGAUAAAAAGGUGUGUGAAAAGCAAGUAUUAAGUACGUCUGAGUUUAGUAAUUUUAUCCCUGCACUCACAUGCAGCCGGUUGCUACUCAGUGCUUGGUGCUCAGCAUGUGAAUUACCUUACUUCAGCUGAGCUGCAGUCUCUUCCAGGUGAAAGAGAUCAGUGGAGAAAAAAUGAGAACUACUUCAAUUGCACGCAGCUGCCCAAGUGGCUGCAGCAGUUGCUGGGCAUGUUUGAAUGUGUAAACAUGUCAUCCUCCUCCCCCUCCCCCCCACCCCCUUUAAUUACCGUGCUGCCCUGGUAGUGCAUGGUCCUUGAGGUCACUGCUCACUGGAGCUGCAUUGCAGUUUCCUUCUUCCUUUUCCUGCUGGAGAUGCCUCGCUUUUGCUGCUGGAGGAGACACGCUGACCUUGGUGGAAGCUCUUCAUUGAGAAGUGUAUCAUCUGGUUCUUCGAGGCCUUCCAAAGUGUGUUUGGUAUGUGGAGAUGAGGCAUCUGGAUGUCAUUACGGUGUAGUUACAUGUGGCAGCUGUAAAGUUUUCUUCAAGAGAGCAGUAGAAGGACAGCAUAAUUAUCUGUGUGCGGGAAGGAAUGACUGCAUAAUUGAUAAGAUUCGGAGGAAGAACUGCCCAGCCUGUCGAUUACAGAAAUGUCUGCAAGCUGGAAUGAAUCUAGGAGCCCGGAAGUCCAAAAAAUUGGGCAAAUUGAAAGGGAUGCACGAGGAACAGCCACAGCAGCGGCAGCAGCCGCCACCCCAAAGCCCUGAGGAAGGGACGACGUACAUCGCUCCAGUAACUGAGCCCCCUGUAAACACAGCACUUGUCCCCCACAUGUCUGCCAUCUCACCAGCACUUACUCCCUCUCCUGUUAAGAUCCUUGAAAGCAUUGAACCAGAGAUCGUGUACGCAGGAUACGACAGCUCAAAACCAGACACAGCCGAGUACCUGCUUUCCACCUUAAACCGCCUGGCCGGCAAGCAGAUGAUUCAGGUGGUAAAGUGGGCAAAGAUACUUCCAGGAUUUAGAAACUUGCCUCUCGAGGACCAAAUUACUUUAAUUCAGUAUUCGUGGAUGUGUCUGUCAUCGUUUGCCUUGAGUUGGAGAUCAUACAAACAUACAAACAGCCAGUUCCUCUACUUUGCUCCAGACUUGAUUUUUGAUGAGGAACGGAUGCGCCAGUCUGCAAUGUUUGAACUGUGCCAGGGGAUGCAUCAGAUCAGUCUGCAGUUUGUUCGCUUGCAGCUCAGCUUUGAGGAGUACACCAUCAUGAAAGUUUUGCUGCUGCUGAGUACAGUUCCCAAGGAUGGUCUCAAAAGCCAAGCUGCAUUUGAAGAAAUGAGGGCAAAUUACAUUAAAGAACUAAAGAAGAUGGUAACUAAAUGUCCAAGUAACUCUGGGCAAAGCUGGCAGAGAUUCUACCAACUGACUAAACUUCUUGACUCCAUGCAUGAUCUUGUUAGUGACUUAUUGGAAUUCUGUUUCUACACCUUCCGAGAGUCUCAGGCACUGAAAGUAGAGUUUCCAGCCAUGCUGGUGGAAAUCAUCAGUGACCAGCUACCAAAGGUGGAAUCUGGGAAUGCCAAGCCCCUGUACUUUCACAGGAAGUGAUAGAAAAUGUCUUAAAUGGAAGAACUUUGCCUUAAGUUUCCCUGUGUUAUUCCACACCCAUGAAGGACCCAAGAAACCAUAUUUUAAACAUGCUAUUUACACUUGUUCUGCAGUCUCUGAAUAGUUUAAAAUCAUAUGAAGGGUUUGGGGAAUGGAAAACAGUUGACUUGGAUUUGGCAAGACCUAGAUGUUUGGAAAUUACCCCAUAACCCUAAAACACUUAGAAAAUGUUCCUGUUCCUCUGGAUGAAAAGCCAUAUCUAGUCAAUAACUCUUUGAUUUUGAUAUUUUAACAGAUGGAGUUUUAAAUAUGCCAUGUAGUUUCUGGUAUCGUUUGCUUGUUUUAAAAGGGUUCAAGAACUAAUGAGAACUUUUUAAAGCUUACCCUUGGUUUGCACAUAAAACGUAAAGUCAAUAUGGGGCAUUAAUAUUCUUUUCUUGUAAAAAAAACAAAAAACAAAAAACAAAAACUCUAUAUAUACACAUAUAUACACACACACAAAAAAAAAACCCUACUGUGUAAAGUAAUAACAGAACAUUUGGUGUGGAAUACUCUGUUAUCCCCACCUGUGGCAUUUGUUAUCCCAUGUUAUCCCACCCUAGAUGAUAUACACUGUGUUAAGUGUCCAUUUACUAUUUAAUUAAGAAGGAUAAGAUGUGAAAACAAAUGCCCUGGUAUCAAUUUAUAGUAUCUAUUGUGCUGGCUUUACAAAUAAUUUUUUGCAGUCUUUUGCUGUACUGUACAUUGCUGUAUGUAUAAAUUGUGAAGGACCUGAAAUAAGGUGUAAGGAACUUUUGUAAAUGAGACAAACAAAUCUUUAAUGGUUAAUAGGAUGAAUGGGAAAGUAUUUUUGAAAGAACUCUAUUUUGCUGGAGACUAUUUAAGUACUAUCUUUGUCUAAACAAACAAGGUAAUUUUUUUGUAAAGUGAAAUGUUCUGCAUGCAUAAUGAACCGUUUACAGUGUAUUUAAGAAAGGGAAAGCUGUGCCUUUUUUAGCAUCAUAUCUAAUUUACCAUCCUAUAGUAUCUGUUGUAAAUAACCACACUUAACCUUUUCAGUUGUAUUUAAGCCUUUCUAUUUUCCUCCAUAUUUUUCUCUCUUUUGUCUCGCUUGCAAGUGUACGUGAUGAGCACAUCUUGGAAAUCCUGCUUCAUGUUUCUGUAGGAAACGACACUUUUUUGUGUUUGCCACUUACGAAGGUUUCAUUUAACAAGACAAAUUACAGUCUCUCCAAAGCUUUUGCCAGCGUAAUGAUAGCGUGAGUUCCUGCCCUCUACUCCCUUUGUCUCCCAGGGGAGGAGAGGCAGAUAAGCCAUUGAAUGAUUUGCUAUUUUUAAUUAAUGUUUCCCAAAUUGUGUUGUUUUUGUUUUUUUUUCCUUCGAAUACUGGAUACAUGAAACAUCUUUGAAGGUCAGAUUAUUAUUUCAGAUUGAGGAGAACGGUUUCUGAUUAUGAGGAAGGGAACAUGCAGAUCAUGACAGUAAGUACCAGCAAGAGGGAUGGCAAGGUACCGAGAUGGGCAGAUUAGCAGAGUAGAAUUUUUAGUGGUAAACUCAGAGCGCGUUUAAUUUUGUAUGAAUUUUUGUAAUAAUCAGAACACACGGAAAACUGUUGACGCUACAAGUUCAGCUCAGUCUGAUUUUGUCUCAAAAUGUUUUCUCUAGAACGAGACUGUGAACAAAACCUUUUUGAGGUGAUUUACACUAUAUUUCACAAUUUAUAAACGAAUACAAAAUUUUGGUGUAGAAUAGAGGACAGAUGAACUUUUCUGAGGCUCAACUGUUGCUACCAUAUGCUAAUUUAAAUAGAAUAGUUUUUUCUGAGUCCUAAUCUGUAGUGUUCUCUCUGGGUGACACUGAUGUUUUUGAGCUAUGAUUUGUCCCUUGACCAGUCAGAAUGUAGCAUUUCUUUGAAACAGUGGUCCAAUAGGAGUUUCGUACCCUUUCUGAUUCCAAAUUUUGAGGUGUGCUUUGGUGCACUGAAGACAGUCAGUGCUACUUGUCUUUUUAAAUGACACCUGCCUUAUGCAAUGGGUAAACUGUAAAGACUGUAUUCAGAGAGGUUUUUUAUAUAUAAAUAUAUACAUACAUAUAUUAUUUGCAUUUUGGAAGUCUAAUUCAUAGGCAGAUCUUUAAAUACUGACCUGCACAGCAAUAUGAAAGCCAAACUUCCAGCGUGAGAUACACAGCAUGCAGACUGGUUGUUUACAGUAAAGAAACAGUCAUACAUUCAUCUUUUCACCUUUUUUUUUUUUUUUAAUUAAUUUUUUGAGUCUAAAAUAGAAAAUUUCAAAGCCAGGUUCUGGGUGAAUACAGUCUGCAGCAGCUUUUUAUAUUAACAAAGUUACUGCCUCCUUUUCUGUCUCAGAGUAACUUUGCUUGAUUAAAAUAGCAAAGCCAUAUUCUACACUUCACUGUUAAAUGCCUGUCCCAGUCCAAAUUGUUGUCUGUUUGCUCCUAUUUUUGUACCUUAUUACUUUUAAUCUUGGUUUGGUACAAUUCAUAAUUCACAGAAACUUCAUAUAAUUAAACACACUAAAUUAGUUUUAAAAAGCAAUUUAUAUCUUUAUGCAAAAACGUAUGUCUGUCUUUGCAAACAACUGUAAGCAGAUUAUAAUAAAUCCUUUACUUUAAUCACCUGUUGUUUAUGAAACCAUUCAUUGAUUAUUAUUUUUUGCUAGAGCUCAUUGAAGUAAUAGAUACAAUUGGAUAUAGAUGUUGUAAGAGGCAGUAUUCUCUUAUCAAGGACACAAGCAGAAUAGCCAUCCCUUUUUUUUUGUUAUCUAAACCUGCGUACAGCAGGAAACAAAACCUUUGGUUUUCAGCUACCACAAAGUUAUGUUAUUUUGAAUUUGUUUAGAAUGAAAUAGGCAUUUGUCUCCUGCAAAAUACAAGACAAACGAAAACAUCCUUUAAGAGUGGGCUUCUGUUCACUGAGCUAAAUUAUUUUGUUGUAAGAAAGGACGGGGAUAUACAGCAAGAGCAUUGUAUACGCAGUUAAAAAUGUAAAAUAGUGUCAAUGUACUGCAGUGGGUAUUUCAGGAAUACUACACACCGUGCAACCGACAGGUUGCACAAAGUAAAAUAGACUAAAGUUUGCAGUAGCAAAAUCUUAUUAAAACGAUACUUUACAAUCAAUAAUGCAAAAAGCUAAUUCACAGGGUGGUGUUUUUCACUGACUUGUUUAAGCAUUUAUGAAAUUAAACAAUUCUACAGUUAAUGCACUUUUAAUUGUUUAUUAAAGAUUUGACUUUCUUUUUUUAGAGCAAUGUUUUCAGCUGGAGGUCAAUGACUUGAUAAGAUAGACAGCAAGCAAUUCUGAGGCCAGGAAGCUCAGAGGAAUGUUUAAGCACUCUUGGAGUUUAACUAGAUUCCUGGAUGGAAAAAUACAAGCAGCCAGCAGUAUGGUGUAAACAGUAACAUCUAUGCAUAAUGAUGCAUUUAUAAUUAGGGGUUUGCUUCUGUAUGUUUAAAGCUUUUUAAAUAAAUAGAAAAUAUUGUUUGGUCUUUAUGUUAAUGUCUGCAAGUACCUAUUUUUCUUUUUUUUUUUUUUUUAUACAAAUUGUACAAAUGUACAUGAAUUAAACUGGUUUGAUUGCAAGUACUUCUUGCAUUUUAAUCUCAGAUAGCUGCUGGUGCAGUGAUAACCUUAGAAAGAAGCUUCUGCGCAUUUGGAAACAAUAUCAAACAACACAGUAACUAACAUUGCAAUCUAACAUCUGUCUUCAUCCACCUAGCCAUUUGCAUUUAGCCAGCUCUGUCUAUUUCAGCCAGACAGUGGCUGUGUUCAGGGUAUAAUAAGAAAUGUUCAACUUUGAGGAGUUUUGUUCCCUUAAUUAAUUGGGGUCUUUGUGUUUCCCAAGGAAUAAGUGGUGACACUGACACAUUCUACUCAACAAAGCAAACCCUGCAACCUUCAAUAGCUGGGCAAGCCUGGCGUCCAGCUUGAGCUAUCCUAGGGCUGCUGUCCCCACUGACCAGUUGUUUUUUUCCUUUGUGGAAAUAGGGAGUCACUGUUCUACAUACACAGGCUUUCUCAAGUUAAUAAACAGCCUUCUCAAGAGUUGAGCCUCUUCCAAUUAUGCUAAGAAAUUCAGAAGGGGAAACACAGCUCUUGCUAUGCUGGUUUGUUCUGUGCUCCCCUACAUAUUUAUCACAGAGUUCAGCAUGAAGCUCGGGCUGCAAUGCAAGAUCACCAUUUAACUGCACUUUGCUUUUUGUUUCUUUUAAUAGUAACAAGUCGUGCAAACUUUCUAUUGCCAAAAAUCCUUGCACCUGCCUUCUGUUUGCUGAAUUGUCAGAAAAAUUGCCCAUCUGCUUGGAAGCAGAUGUAUCUGUCAUAUGCUGUUCUAGAAAUAAGAAAAUGCUAUCGCUACUUAAAAACAAAACAAAACUUUUUCUCUGACCUCAAGCUGGGACACUGCUUUCUCUCAGGUAUCUACAGGGAACAGGACUUCAUGUUAAGUACAAUGGUAUUGCUAAGAUAGAAAGUAGUGAAAAAUACCCUUUCAUUUCAAAGAUGUUUGAUAGUUAAAACAUGCCAUCCGGCAGAGUGUUAAAACAUGUUAACUACAGAUAUCAGUAGAAUUAGAUUAUUUUUUUGGUGCUUACCUGAGGUUACUGCAAGUGCAGAUGAAGGCACGUGGAUGAAUUCUGCUGGUGAGAACUUUGUCUGAGGCAUAUUGAACCAACAAGGUGCGACUCCAAGGAAGGCUUCCCAAUUACCCUGUGUAUGGCUCUGGCGUGUUUACAGGCUGCACAAACCUUCUGUCAGCAGUGGAUGGAAUUUGCUCAUUUAAUUCAAAACCAGGUAAGAAUUGCGAAAUGGUUAAAGGAAAGAAAUGAAGGAACAGAACAAUGAAAUUGCAAAUUUCUCCCUGAGAUUUUUCUAUGAUGCAAUUAAUUACAAAGGCUCAGCUAGCAAAAAUUGUAAGCAAUGUAGCAGAACUGCUUGUUUUCAUUACAGGGCAGAUACAGCAGUCAUAAGAUUUUUCUCUCAACGCAAUGAAGGACUGGGCACCAGCAGGAAACCUGCCACGACCAUCAGGGAGGACAAUGGUUAACAACACUCAGCAGCCUGAAAGCCCCAGAGAGAACAGCAAAGUGAAAGUGCCGCCCAGCAAAGGAGGAGAGCCGAAUGCUGGCCAGUGAGUAAUACAUAUUGCACAUUCCUACUUAGCCCAAGUGGGCUGGAGGCUCAGCUUUUCCAUCAAUUAUUCCGCAAGCACAUGUUAGACUUCAGUCCCCCGUGGAGGGUUUCAAUCUCUGUUCCCAAAGAGAGGGCAAAGAAAACGUCACUCUGCAUAAAAAGCACAGAACAGCUGAUUCCUAAAUCGCCCUCCCCCAUUUGCAGCCUGCGUCAGGCGUUUGCUUCAGGGAAUCUCAGAUUUUGAAAACAGAGUCAUACAUGCCACUGUGCACAGCGCAUUGCAAGGGCGGGGAAACCCUGCCUGCGGAUUAAGCUCAAACCGUACCCACAGCUGGGAUGUGAGAACAGCUCCCUGGGAGAGGACUGAGCCCAGAAGUGCUGAGCAGCGCUGCUGCUGCCAGGCUAGAGCCAGCCAGCCCUUCAUCUGGCUUUCCUCAUAGCUGAUUUCCUGCCUCCCGUCUUGCUUCAGGUUAACGCUACGCUUCCCAGACUGUGGAAAAGAAAGAUGGGAGACAUAGUAUGAGACGUAUCUUUAGGAAAGAUGCCCAGAGAGGUUGUGGAUGCCCUGUCCCUGGAGGCGUUCAAGG